AUGAGCGGCGGUGGCGGCUCGAGGCAGCGGGGGGGCGGCUCGGCCGAGCGGCCCCCCCCGGGCAGGCGGCGGGAAGAGCUGCUCGGGUCGAAGAGGAAGCAGAAGCUGCUGUUAAUCCACCAGGCCCUAACGAGCGACCCUGUGGCCGUGGAGACCCUCCGGGGGGCAGCGGUGAGCGAGGGGGGGCUGCUCACCGACGAGAUCCGCAGGAAGGUCUGGCCGAAGCUGCUUAGCGUCAAUGUGUACAACCUGCCUCCCAAGCCAGGCAGGGCUGUCCGCCAGAACCACAAGGACUACACCCAAGUGCAGCUGGACGUGAGCCGCUCCACACGCCGCUUCCCCCAAGGCAUGCGGGCCGAGCAGCGCCAGGUCCUGCAGGAGCAACUCAUUGACCUCAUCCUGCACAUCCUGAGGGCGCACCCCGAGCUGCACUACUACCAGGGCUACCACGACAUCGCCGUUACGCUCCUGCUGGUGGUGGGUGAGCGCAUGGGCAGCGCACUGCUGGAGAAACUCUCCACCCACCAUCUCAGGGACUUCAUGGACCCCACAAUGGACAGCACCAAGCACAUCCUGAACUAUCUCAUGCCCAUCCUGCAGCGGGAGAGCCUCCGCCUCCAUGACUUCAUGCUGAGAGCGGAGGUGGGGACCAUCUUUGCCCUGAGCUGGCUCAUCACGUGGUACGGCCACGUCCUCACCAGCUUCCCCCACAUCCUGCGCCUCUACGACUUCUUCCUGGCCUCGCACCCGCUCAUGCCUGUCUACUUUGCUGCCGUGAUCGUCCUGCACCGGGAGGAGGAGGUGCUGGCGUGUGACUGCGACAUGCCCAGCGUCCACCAGCUUCUGUCCCAAAUCCCCCAGAACCUUCCGUACGAGAGCCUCAUCUCCCGGGCCCUCCGGCUCUUCCAGCGUCACCCGCAUGCCGAGCUGGCAAAGCAGGCGGCUCUGCAGCACCACAAGAGCAUCUCCAUAGGCUCCUUCACUGCCUUCCAGCUGGCCACCUCCCACCAGCGCCCGGACGCCGUGCUGCGCAGACAGCGGCAGCAGGACAGCGCCCACGCCGAAGCCACUGCUCUCCUGCCCACGGCCGGGCACAGCCCGCUGGUGAAAGCAGCCGUGUGGGGGAUUUCAGCCACGCUGGGGGCAGCGGCUCUGGCCGUCACACAGACUGCCCUGGAGUGGGCACCGGAGUUCUUACUGCAGCUCUUCUAG